AACCCCGGGAGGAAGUAUUUAUUGUUCCUGGGCUAAGGCGGUGGAGUUCUGCCGGGGAGCCGAGGUAGUGUUGGGGUCACUCUGUCCUCUUCGUCAUGGCACCCAAGAAAGCCAAGAAGAGAGCAGAGGGCGCCAACUCCAAUGUCUUCUCCAUGUUCGAGCAGACCCAGAUCCAGGAAUUUAAGGAGGCUUUCACCAUCAUGGACCAGAACAGAGAUGGCUUCAUUGACAAGAACGACCUGAGGGACACCUUCGCAGCUCUUGGGCGUGUGAACGUGAAAAAUGAAGAAAUUGAUGAAAUGAUCAAAGAGGCUCCAGGUCCAAUUAACUUUACCGUGUUCCUAACCAUGUUCGGGGAGAAACUGAAAGGAGCAGACCCAGAGGAGACCAUCCUCAACGCGUUCAAGGUGUUUGACCCCGAAGGCAAAGGGGUGCUGAAGGCUAAUUACAUUCAGGAAAUGCUGACUACCCAGGCAGAAAGGUUCUCCAAGGAAGAGGUUGACCAGAUGUUUGCGGCAUUCCCCCCUGACGUGACUGGCAACUUAGACUACAAGAACCUGGUACAUAUCAUCACCCACGGAGAAGAGAAGGACUAGGGGACCUCCUUCCCCGGGCUCGACUUCCAGGGAGCAGAGUCUCUGUUUGUCUGUUUGCCUCUCUCUCUGCCCAGCAGGAUCACCCUCCCUUUCCCCCACCUGGCCCACCUCCAUCAGGGCCGCUUGGUGGCUGACCCAUGCCCGCAGAUAGCUAUCCACCCAGAGGCCAAGGUCAAAUAAACCGGAGGCUGUGCACUGAA